CGCCCCACCGCUGGCCCCGGCACCGCCUGGCGACCUCGCCCGCUCCGCCCCGGCCGGAAGUAGGCCUUCUCCCUCCUGGGCUACAGGACGGGGACAGUCUGUCGACGUGUCUAGGAAGCACCCCACCUCCCAGCAUGAAUCUUGACAUCCACUGCGAGCAGCUGAGCGACGCCCGGUGGACAGAGCUUCUGCCGCUGCUCCAGCAGUAUGAGGUGGUCAGGCUCGACGACUGCGGCCUCACGGAGGAGCACUGCAAGGACAUCGGUUCCGCCCUCCGGGCCAACCCCUCCCUGACCGAGCUCUGCCUCCGCACCAACGAGCUGGGCGAUGCUGGCGUGCACCUGGUGCUGCAGGGCCUGCGGAGCCCCACCUGCAAGAUCCAGAAGCUCAGCCUGCAGAACUGCUCCCUGACCGAGGCAGGCUGCGGGGUCCUGCCCAGCACACUGCGCUCCCUGCCCACGCUGCGGGAGCUGCACCUCAGCGACAACCCACUGGGGGACGCCGGCCUGCGGCUGCUCUGUGAGGGGCUCCUGGACCCCCAGUGCCACCUGGAGAAGCUGCAGCUGGAGUACUGCCGCCUGACGGCCGCCGGCUGCGAGCCCCUGGCCUCGGUGCUCAGGGCCACGCGGGCCUUGAAGGAGCUCACGGUGAGCAACAACGACAUCGGCGAGGCCGGCGCCCGGGUGCUGGGCCAGGGUCUGGCAGACUCUGCCUGCCAGCUGGAGACGCUCAGGCUGGAGAACUGUGGUCUCACGCCAGCCAACUGCAAAGACCUGUGCAGAAUCGUGGCCUCCCAGGCCUCGCUGAGUGAGCUCGACCUGGGCAGCAACGGACUGGGCGACAUGGGCAUAGCCGAGCUGUGCCCCGGGCUCUUGAGCCCCGCCUCCCGCCUCAAGACCCUGUGGCUCUGGGAGUGUGGCAUCACCGCCAGUGGCUGCAGAGACCUCUGCCGUGUCCUCCAGGCCAAGGAGACCCUGAAGGAGCUCAGUCUGGCGGGCAACGAGCUGGGCGACGAGGGCGCCCGGCUGCUGUGCGAGAGCCUGCUGCAGCCCGGCUGCCAGCUGGAGUCCCUGUGGGUGAAGUCCUGCAGCCUCACGGCGGCCUGCUGCCAGCACUUCAGCUUGAUGCUGACCCAGAACAAGCAUCUCCUGGAACUUCAGUUGAGCAGCAACAAGCUGGGUGACUCUGGCAUCCAGGAGCUGUGCCAGGCCCUGAGCCAGCCAGGCACCACACUGCGGGUGCUCUGUCUUGGGGACUGUGAGGUGACCAACAGCGGCUGCAGCAGCCUCGCCUCGCUCCUGCUGGCCAACCGCAGCCUGCGAGAGCUGGACCUGAGCAACAACUGCGUGGGCGACCCGGGCGUCCUGCAGCUGCUGGGGAGCCUGGAGCAGCCGGGCUGCGCCCUGGAGCAGCUGGUCCUGUACGACACCUACUGGACGGAGGAGGUGGAGGACCGCCUGCAGGCCCUGGAGGGGAGCAGGCCCGGCCUGAGGGUCAUCUCCUGAGAGGCUCCUUUUCCCUGGACGGCCUUCCUCCCCCACGGGGACCCCGGCUGUACCCGAGAAAUGCUCAAAUCACCUCACUCCCGGGAGAGAACUUUCGGCACUCUAUUUAGUAAAAGACCUUUUGGGCAA